CGUUGCGAAGCCUCCUGUCGCGCAAAUCCUUCGGCCGUUGCAGCAAUCACGACCUCCCUGCUUCCUCGUCUUCAUCGGACGUGUCGAUGAUGGAGGAGAAGGUGGCGAGAGCUGAGGCAAUCAUCGUCAAAUGGGACCCUGACGCCUCUGCCUACGCCAACAUCACUUCCCUCUUCUACGAAAGCCGCUCCGAGGCUCACCGCUUCCUUGCUGAGGUCUCCGACCUGCAGCGGGCCAUGCUCGCCUUCGUUGCGGCCGCCGGGCGCGCUCGCCUCUCCCACCCUUGCCUCGUCCGGGCGCAGACCCUCAUGCAGGCCGCCAUGCGUCGCCUUGUGAAGGAGUUCUACCAGAUCCUUGCCGCUAACCGUGACCUCCUCGACCCCGAGUCCGUCUCCGUCUCCGUCCGCUCCGCCCACUCCAGCGUCUCCGAGGAGCCCGACUACGACUCCUGGGAGUACCGCUCGCCCGAGGAGGAGGCGCUCGCCGCUGGGGAGUCCAUAAGCAAGGUCGAGCGCGCCGCCGCCAUCGCCAUGGCCGACCUCCGGGCCAUCGCCGACACCAUGGUCUCCGCCGGAUACAGCAAGGAGUGCAUCACGACGUACCAAACCCUCCGCAAGUGCAUUGUCGACGAGGGCCUCUGCCGCCUUGGCUUCGAGCGUCUCUCCCUCGCCCACGUCCUGAAGUUGGACUGGGCGAUGCUCGAGCUAAAAGUCCGGUCUUGGCUUGGCGCCUCCAGGGUUGCCCUGAGGACCCUAUUCCACGGCGAGCACGUCCUCCUCGACCACGUCUUCGCCGGCUCCGACACCGUCCGGGAGGCACUCUUCGCGUACAUUGCGGGUGAUGCCGCUCUCCACUUCCUCAGCUUCCCGGUGUCUGUCGCCAAGUCGAAGCGGUCACCUGAGAAGCUGUUCCGGCUCUUGGACCUGUACGACACCAUCGUGGAGCUGUGGCCUGAGAUCGAGCUCGUUUUCUCCUUCGAGUCCACCGCAGUAGUCCGGGCGCAGGCCCUCGCUUCUCUCUCCAAGCUCGCGGAGACAGCCUGCGCCACCCUCGCUGACUUCGAGUCGGCGAUCCUGAGGGAAUCCUCUCGGUUGGCGGUCCCCGGCGGAGGGGUCCAUCCGAUGACCCGCUACACCAUGAACUACAUCUCGCUGCUAGCCGAUUACGAGUCCUCCCUCGCCGAGAUCUUCGCCGACUGCCCCCUCCAGACCCCAAGCCCCAUCCCGGAUUUCUUCUUGGACACGUCUCAGGCGCCGGCGGUGCAUCCUCCUGCCUCAUGCCCAUCUUCACCCGGAACCACCACCUCCUCCUACAUCUCGGCGGUCGCCGAGAAGCUCGCGUGGCUCGUCUUCGCGCUGCUCUGCAAGCUCGACGGGAAAACGGAGACGUAUCAGGACGUGGGUUUGUCCUGCCUCUUCCUCGCGAACAACCUUCAGUACAUAGUGAGCAAGGUACGGUCUUGCCAGCUGCUGGAGCUGCUGGGCGAGGAGUGGGCGGCACGGCACGCCGCGAAGGCGAGGCAGCACGCGGCGGGGUACGGGCGAGUGGCGUGGGGCAGGAUGGCGGCGGGGGUUCCAAAGGGGGAGGUGUCGGCGGGGGAGGCGGGGGAGUGGAUUCGGGCGUUCAUCGCGGCGCUGGAGGCGGCCUGCGCCACCCAGGCUGGGUGGGUGGUCACCGACCCAGGGAUGCGGGAGGAGGUGAGGGAGGCGGUGCGAGGCAUGGUGGUCCCGGCGUUCCGGGGGUUCUACGCGCGCUGGCAUCCGGUGAUUGAGGACGUUGCGGUGGCGUCGUACUCGCCCGACGAUGUCCGUGAGCAGCUGGGGAAGCUCUUCUCCGGUUCCGGUUCCGGUUCGGGCCCGAACCGGUCCAAGGUGUCAUCCCGGACCGCGUAAUUGAGAUGGUGGAUUCGGUUCAUUUACGCUUCCAUAUCUAGCUUACAGCAGCUUACACCUCUUCUCUCCUAACAAUAGAUAAUACAGAAUAGAGAGAGAAUAUAAAUAAUUAUAGCUUGAUGUAAAAUUCCCUAAUCGUGAGAACCGAAUUAGUUCAUAGUAAAUGGAAUAUAAACAACGAUUGAAUCUAAUGCUAUUGGGCAUUGGGAUCGAUGGGUUCUUAGUCCGAUCACAUGGAGGAAAUUGGAACUCAAUUUGCCUAAUUUAUGAGGAAA